GUCGCUGCUUAUUCACAGUUCAGUUUCCAUUUAGAUUAUUCAACGGUGAAACAUACACAUCCUGUAAAUUACUCUCAUGUAACCGGACUUGAUUUGUAUCAUGGCUUCAAAACACCAACAGAACGACUUGCCUGUCGGGUUCCGAGUGCAGUUCAAAUCUUUUGCAACAGAGGCGAUCCACGUUGGUCAGGAACCUGAGCAAUGGAAAUCUAUGGCGGUGGUACCACCUAUUUCUCUGUCCACCACGUUCAAGCAGUAUGGACCUGGAGAUCAUGCUGGUUUUGAGUACAGUCGGAGUGGAAACCCUACUAGAAACUGUCUGGAAAAAGCUGUUGCUGCUUUGGAUGGAGCAAAGUAUUGUUUUGCUCUUGCUUCCGGGCUGGCUGCGACUAUGACCAUCACUCACAUGCUGAAAGCUGGAGAUGGCGUUGUCUGCAUGAGUGAUGUAUAUGGAGGCACCAAUCGUUACUUCCGGAAGAUUGCUACAGAAUUUGGCUUGGAUGUCUCCUUUGCUGAUUGUACCAAAAUCAAGUUGCUCCAGGCCGUUCUUAAGCCAAACACAAAGUUAGUAUGGCUUGAGACUCCCACCAACCCUACCAUGAAGGUGGUGGAUAUCCAGGCCUGUGCAGCUGUGGUCCACCAACACAACAAGGAUACCGUGGUGGUUGUGGACAACACUUUUAUGUCAGCCUACUUCCAGCGCCCCUUGGACCUCGGAGCAGACAUCUGCAUGUAUUCAGCUACUAAGUACAUGAAUGGUCACAGUGAUGUUGUAAUGGGCCUGGUGUCUGUGAAUAAUGAGGACCUGUAUGACCGACUGAAGUUCCUUCAGAAUGCCCUGGGAGCCGUACCGUCCCCCUUUGACUGCUACCUGUGUAACCGUGGCCUGAAGACCCUGCACCUGCGCAUGAGGCAGCACUUCAAGAAUGCCCUGGCGGUGGCCAAGUUCCUGGAAGCUGACUCCAGGGUGGACAGUGUCAUCUUUCCAGGCUUACCCUCCCACCCCCAGCACGAGCUGAUGAAGAGACAGUGCACAGGCUGCCCAGGGAUGAUCACCUUUUACAUAAAGGGAAAACUGGAGAAUGCCACCACCUUCCUCAGCAGCCUCAAGUUGUUCGCACUUGCCGAAAGCCUUGGCGGUUAUGAAAGUUUGGCAGAGCAUCCGGCGAUAAUGACCCAUGCGUCUGUUCCAGAGAGUGAUAGGGCUGCCCUAGGGAUCAGUGACACACUGAUACGUCUGUCUGUGGGGCUGGAGGACGAGCAGGACAUCAUUGAGGACCUGGAACAAGCCCUGAACGCAGCGCAUCCGAAUAAGUAAUGUCUUCACGACGUCCCAAGACCAGCGGUUGUCUGUCGUCAGCGGGGCGGAGCAAAGGCAAGAAUACCCGGUGUUUCUAGCCGUGUACAAGGAGAGAGCAGCGAGAUGGUGCCUCAACAUAGCACACAAACUGUAUUUAUGAAUGCACAAAUCAGGGAAAAACCUGCUCUUUAAACAUACGCUUUCUUAAUUUAAUUAUUGAUAACCUUUUUUAUCAUCAAUUCUUUGAAUGAUAAUUUUAUCAGGAGGAAGUAUUCCUAAAUUUUAUUUCUUGCUGCUUUUGCUCUGUGUGUGUGUGUGUGUGUGUGUGUGUGUGUGUGUGUGUGUGUGUGUGUGUGUGUGUGUGUGUGUUUUGUUUGUCAUUGUGAAUGACGGUCUUAUUCAAUUAAAACUGGUAUUCAGGAGUAAGGGAAAAUGGCAUUGUUGUCUUUCUGCUUCAUAUAGUUAAACAUGAAAACUAAUGUACGGUACAUUGAACUAUGAGAAGAAUGUCUUGCUCUGUAAAUGUCAGGACAGCAGUUUUAAUUAAAUACAACGGUGUCUGGCUCUAUCAGAUGUAUGCCUAGUAAAGGAAGUUGGACCAUGAGGGAGUGCCAACUGCAUGCUUGUCCUUGCCUUGUGUCAAACAUUUUUAGUGGAAUGACUCAAACAAGUAUUAUUCUCUUGAGCAAUGUACAAAGUUCCAGUGGUAUUGCUAAACUCAACUCACAGGCUUGUUGUCAGAUCAAAACACCCAAUGUCAGGGUUUUCUAACUGAGAACUGACCAACCCCACGUUGUGUUGGAGCUCUUCACUCAGUUGACAGUGUUAUCAAGCACAUAUCAUACUUACUGUAUCGCUGAUUGCUACGCAAGUAUGUGCUUCAAUUGGGAAAGACUGUUUGAUCAAUGUCAUCUGUGUGACCAAACUCAUUAAAUUCACUUUGCAGCA